AUGUCUACCGACGAGAAGAUGGACGGCUUCGAGUUCCCUACUAUUGGCAGCGCCAAGAUGGACGCUAGGUUUGACGCACAAAGAGCAAGCUUUCCUCCUAAACGCCGAGUUGUCUUCGCAGGCUUCCUAGAGAAGCUUUGUCAAAACUUCCUCCUGGUCGUUAUGGUGGUUCUCGUUAGCUACUCUGUCGUUACCUGUGCCUUGGUCCUUCUCGGGCACCCUACCCCAACACCUCUUGGCCAACCCCGUGUUCACCUCGACCCUGCCCUCAAAUUCAAUGCUACCAUCAUCUCCACGGCCGAGCAGCUCACUAGUCUUCAAGACCGGCUCUCCGUCCGCAUGGAUCAGCACAAUGUCAUUAUGAGCAAGAACCUCGACAACUUCACUUCCACCCUUGAAACCAUCACUGCAGAUGCCGAAGUAGCCAUUGAUUACCUCCGAUUCGUGGAAAAGUACCUCUUUGUCGGUGCUUCCCGCACACCUGAGGAAUGGCGGGAGGGUGCAGAGGUGCUCGAGGAUGAGAUCCAGAAGUUGCACAACAUCGCUGUCUCUCAAGACAUCCGCAUGGAGAUCGAGGCUGUCACACAAAUUGCUGGUGCCAUUGCUACCGAGAUGACCGACAUGGAACUCUUCAUGCAGGAAAUCAGCAGCGCCUCCAACACCUUGCUCAAUCGCUUGGGUAAAGUCUUUGAAGAGCAAGCUGAGUGUAACGGUACCGAUCAUCUUGCUCCCAGAAGCCAACCUCAACAACCGAUCUACGAUGCUCCUGCCUCCGAUGCCGGUCAAUCGCUCAAUGAGGCUCAACCUGGUCGGACUCUCCAGUGGCGCUGGGAUGAAAUCCACAAGGGAGGCUAUGUUCGCAGCAAUAUGGGGGACUUCGCCCCGAUCCAACAGGCGAUCAUUGAGACAUUCCUCCUCUCAAUGAACGCCACUGGCAACAUCACCAGCGUCCCCACCACCAUCCGCUACGGCAUCGGCCUUCCGGACACCCACCCAACCGACCUUGGCACUCUCGGCUACGAGCACCCUCUGAUCAUCCAAGGCUUCUCCAUUCCCACUCCCGAUCCCGACUCCCCUGGUCAAAACUACAAUUGUGAUAUCGUCGCCCAUUUCGCUCAGAUGAGCAAGGACGCAAUCGUCCAGGUCAAGGUCGCACCAGGUCUUCGUAAAGAGGUGGUUGUGCGACAGCUCGUUGGCUUGCAAAGCAUGGAGUGUGGGGCUGAAGGCGAGGAGAAGAAGGAUGUUGUUCGAUACAAGGAGAAAGGCGAGGAUGAGAAGAAGCAAUGGCAGAUUCUCCUUCGCGUCGGAUGA